AUGGAGAAAGAUGCAAAUAUCCCCGUGACGGUGACAAGCACUGCCGUAUCUGACAACGCCGCUCCUAAGGAAUUAGUGUCGGUGGUGGAGAAUGACAUCUACUUGCUGGGUGGCCAGGAGAAGGAGGCCAUCUUCUCGGUCAUCCACAAGUAUCACGCCCGAGUAAAAGGUGAUGGCUACGAUGCUGACGAUCCCGAGCUCCAUAAAUGGACCGCUGCAACACUCUUCUUCUCCAUCAUCCUCGUACGAGAGGCCUUCUUUGGCGAAAUUCCGCGCAGUGAGAGGGAGGUUCUUCUGGAAGAGUCGGCUGUCUUCGGGACAUCGCUCCGCAUGCCUAUGGAAAUGUGGCCUGAAACACUGGAAGAAUUCUGGGCUUAUUGGGAUCAUAAUAUCGCCACUUUGGAGGUCACCGACAUGGCUCGCAAGCUAAGCCGGGAUCUCCUGUACCCGGUAAAUCUGCCUUUUGCAAUGGCUGCGUCUAUGCCGCUUGCUCGGGUCUUGACUGCAAAUUGGCUUCCGAAGCGUCUUGCGGAAGAAUAUGAUUUCCGCCCUACGCCGGCCAGUCACUUGGCAUACCAGGUUUUCGUGGCAUCGGCUCGUAUCACAUAUCCAUGGAUCCCGGCUCGAUUCAAACAUAUUCAGCAUGAUAUCUAUAUGGAGGAUCUGAAAAAGGCGGUUGGGAGGAUCAAAGCGACGGGGCACUGGAUUGAAACCUGA